AUGAGUGUCCGCGUUGUUGCUCGCAUCCGACCCCUUUGGAAGUCCGAACGCGAGUUGGAUGUCAUUGUUCGUCCAGGCUCAGCCGUGACCGAAACAGGCAAGACGAAAAAAGGCUCUCCAGAUAGCAAAGCUGCUGCAUUGAAAGACCAGGACACUCUGGUUAGGAUCCCGAACCCGAAGAAUGAGGGCGAGCAAUAUACCUUUCAGUUUAAUGCUGUCUAUGGAGGCGAAUCAACGCAACAAGAACUUUUUGACGCAGAGGUCGCUCCAACAGUUAAGCAUUUGUUCAAUGGAUUCGAUGUCACGAUAUUCGCGUACGGAGUUACUGGCACGGGGAAAACACAUACCAUGAGAGGCGGUAAAAGUCUUCAGGAGCGUGGUGUUAUUCCUCGUCUCUUAAGCGCCAUAUAUCGUCGCAGCCGGAAAAUCGAAAAGGACUCUAGUGGAGCCAGUAAGGCUGAGGUCUUGAUGAGCUAUUAUGAGAUAUACAAUGACAAAGUUUACGACCUUUUCGAGCCUCUUGAGAAGAGGACACAUGCUGGGUUACCGCUUAGAGACAAUGGAGGCAAAACCGUUGUUGUUGGCUUGACCGAAAGACCAUGUGCGAAUUUGAAAGAUUUCGAAAGUCUUUACGACCAGGCCAAUGCGAAUAGAUCAACCUCUGCGACGAAGUUGAACGCUCACUCGUCACGUUCGCAUGCUAUUCUCUGCGUGAAAUUGGUCACCACAAAUGGGGAUAAAACCAGAGUUACCAUGGCAUCAGCCAUUGAUUUGGCCGGGUCAGAAGAUAACCGACGAACAGAGAAUGGUAAGGAACGAAUGGUGGAGUCUGCAAGCAUCAACAAGAGUCUCUUCGUGCUCGCUCAAUGUGUAGAAGCUAUCAGCAAAAAACAGUCCCGUAUUCCUUAUAGGGAGGCAAAGAUGACGCGUAUAUUGUCACUAGGACAAAACAAUGGUCUGACGCUCAUGAUUUUAAAUCUUGCCUCGGUGCGAUCUUACCAUCUAGAUACGAUUAGCUCACUCAACUUCGCCAACCGAACGAAGAAAAUUGAAAUCCGGGAGAUCGAGAAUGAGCCCAUGUUUAAGGGCCCUGCAAGACCGGCAGCACGAACGUCAGUCACAGGUGGCACUCAACGACAACCUCUGCGACCCCUAGCUUCUUCCGUUAAUGUAAAUGUGACCGUGAAUAAAGACCAGGCUGCAUCCGAUGAGAAGAAACCGACCAAGGCGUUCUACGUAUAUUCUGAUAAACAGUCAUCGAAACCACAUGCAAUAUCACUGAAAUCUGAGAAGCCUAGACGGUCAUCUCCUCUUAAGCGAAAUUCCGAUGUGUCCAGCCGCCUUCCAUCCAAAGUUCUAAGAGACUCAGAGAGACUGAUGACAAAAGAAACACACACCGUUCAAGCUGAGAGAAUCGAGGAAAUGGUUGAAAGGAAGGUGGAACAGAUCCUCGCCGCCAGAGCAAUUGACGAAUCAUCCAGACAUCAGGCGCAGAUGGAACAGAUUAACGAGGCGGUCCAGCGCCGUCUAGAAGUUCUCGAGCGAAAGAUUGAAGGAACUGAGGAUGCUCGGGCUGAAGGUUUAUCCUACCUCCUCAUGGCGAAGCAGCAUCACGGAAGGGGAGAAUAUUCGUCCGCCUUGAGGAUGUAUAAACUUGCAUUGCCAUUCUUCCCGCGCAACGAAAAGCUCGCCUCCAAGAUAUCUGCUCUCGAAGAGAAACUGUGCCCGAAGCCUCCAUCUCCUGCCAAAGUUCAAAUGGCAGGCCGUGGAAGCAUCCUUUCAAUCAAAAAGCCAACGAAGAUAGCUCGAACUCAGAACGUGAUGGAUACCAGUGAUGAUGAAUACCAAAACGCUGAGCACGAUGAUUCAGAUGAUGACUAUGAUGACUCCCAUACAGGCCUCAAGCGGAAACGGGUAAUUGCCACAUCGAAAACAGUCGCAUCGAAUCUUGAUGACAGGAUAUAUGCGGACGAAAACAGGUCUGGUGAGGAGAUCCAAUCUCCACGCACAGCUCAUCUACUAUCUGUCAUCAAUUCCAGAGACGUGGGUCAAAUCAAGUUACUAAAGGGCGUUGGUGCUAAGAAAGCCGAAGCGAUUGUCGACUGCCUGUGUGAGAUGGACAGCGGCGACAAGGAAGCUGCACGGGUGCGAGUAAGAAAUCUCAGUGAAUUAGGGAGGCUAAAAGGCGUUGGGUUGAAGACGGUACAAAACAUGAGGUGUGGAGUUUUUGCUUGA